AUGAGGUCGUCAAUGGUUACCAGCGGCCUCGGCUCGCUGCGAUCAGCUGGUUUCCGGUCAACAGCUGUGUUCCAGGCACCAUGGAUGGCUGCGACUGUGUCCAGAUCCGCAUUGCAGAUGCGAACUGGUGCUACACUGGUGGACACGCCGACUGCGGCGCAUGAUCAGCCCGAGGUUGUUGAGAAUACCGCCAGACAGGUCAAUGCCAAGAAGAUUCUUCAAGAUGCGGUUGCUGCCACAGGACCGAGACAAAACUGGACAAGAGAGGAGAUUUCCGCCAUUUAUUACCAGCCGUUGCUCGAAUUGGCGCAUCAAGCUAGCCUCGUCCACAGACGAUUUCACAGCCCAGGCGAAGUCCAACUAUGCACAUUGAUGAACAUUAAGACGGGAGGCUGCACGGAAGAUUGCUCCUAUUGCGCCCAAGCAACCCGCUACCAAAAAGGCACCGGCCUCGAAGCCAAGCGCGUUGAAACCGUUGAGUCAGUCCUCGCCGCCGCCCGGACCGCUAAGGAGAAUGGAAGUACGCGAUUCUGCAUGGGUGCCGCAUGGCGAGACAUGCGUGGCCGUAAGAACAGCCUCAAGAACAUUACAGAAAUGGUCAAGGGUGUCAAAGCCAUGGGCAUGGAGGUCUGUGUCACUCUGGGUAUGAUCGAUGGCGAGCAGGCGAAGCAACUGAAGGAAGCUGGGUUGACAGCUUACAACCACAACGUUGACACGAGCCGCGAAUUUUAUCCAACCAUCAUCACCACAAGGUCUUACGAUGAGCGUCUCAAGACGCUGAGCAAUGUUCGUGAGGCAGGUAUCAAUGUCUGCUCUGGUGGCAUCCUUGGUCUCGGCGAAUCAUCCGAGGACAGAGUUGGUUUGCUUCACACUGUGUCGACAUUGCCUUCUCACCCAGAAAGUUUCCCCGUGAACGCCCUUGUCCCUAUCAAGGGUACACCUUUGGGAGACACCACGCCCAUUGCCUUUACCAGCAUGCUAAGAACGAUUGCUACCGCAAGAAUCCUCAUGCCGGCAACUAUUAUUCGAAUCGCUGCAGGACGCAAGACUAUGUCUGAGGAAAAGCAGGCCUUGUGCUUUAUGGCUGGUGCUAAUGCCAUUUUUACUGGUGAAAAGAUGUUGACUACAGACUGCAACGGAUGGGAUGAGGAUAGUGCCAUGUUUGGCCGAUGGGGCUUGGAACCAAUGAAGAGCUUCGAUAAGAAAUCAGUUGAGGGGGCUGGCGAUAUUGAAGCCGGCAAGAUAUAA